AUGCAUAAUCUGAAAUCAUUGUACAGAUCAUCGACGAAAGAUGCUUUGUCAUCAGAACGCUUAAAUGAAGAAGCACAUACAGUAUUCUCUAAAGAGUUUGUAUUGACAAGUGAUAACAGUCAGAAUUUUGUACCAGAAUAUGUACGUGAGAAAUUUCAAGAACGAAUUGAACCAAAUUUAUGCACAAUCAAGGCAGUUUGCAAAGCUGAACAGAAGAAGCCGUUUUACACGUUUGUAUUGAAUUGGUACAAAGAUCUGGCACACGUGGAUACGGACAGUAGUGCGCCAACUUCUAAAUCCAAAAAAUCGCCUGUACGUGGUUCCAUAGGAUGUUGCAACGAUUUAGCACCAGUUUGUCCGGAUCCAAUUUUGCGGCAUAAACAUUUCCAAAAGAUUAUUAACAAGCAUAAAAUGGACGAAAUGAUAGCAAAAGGUCACGGAAAUAGUGAUUACAAUGUGAAACGGCUACAGCAAGCUAUGGAUCAAAAUCCUGAAGCCUUAGUUGAUAGUUUAGAAGUAGCUUUACAUCAUUUGGAGGGAUAUCAUCUCUGUUUGAAGGAGUCAUCUGCAACUCAAACUUCAUCAAUGAAUAAGUCGAGCAGAGCUAAACGAAGUCUAAAAGAGCUGAUUUGCAUCAAAGUUCUUGUUCUCGAGAAAGGUCCAAUAGAGACGAUUUGUCGACGUCAUUCCAUCACUGAAAUUAGUUCCACAGAAUCUCUGCGUAGCACUCUGCAAUGGAUUGUUGGUUAUAGGCAAAGUCUUCAUAAAUCUCGCAUUUUCUUUAACCACGGUGGAAAUAUCGAAGAUCCAAAGCUACAAGAAAUUGACUUGAAAGAAUACGGUGACAAGAAAAUGAACAAUUUUCCAGCAACAAACGGAAUGCUCAGUUUUGUGAUUGACUACGCGAAUGUCAUUAGAGGAAAUUCUUUAUCGCCCUACGUCUUUGCAUCAUUUCGUGAAAAAAAUCGGCCACAAGAAGUUUGCAGUUCAUUCUCGAUAUUCAGUAAAUAG